UUGAUACAAAAAACUGCAAAGAUACUAUUCUUCUUUCGUCCAUUCUCAGCUGACCCAAAGGUACAGGUGGUGAUUUCUGUGGCUUUCCUGGUGAUGUACCUGACCAGCCUCAGUGGAAAUGCCAUCAUUGCAGUUACUGCCCAGAUCAACCACUCUCUCCACGCCCCCAUGUACUUUUUCCUGGCUAACUUGGCAGUUCUGGAAAUCUUCUAUACAUCCUCCAUCACCCCACUGGCCUUGGAAAACCUUCUUUCAAUGGGCAAAACUCCUGUUUCUAUCACUGGAUGUGGCACCCAAAUGUUUUUCUUUGUCUUCUUGGGUGGGGUUGAUCGUGUCCUGCUUGCAGUCAUGGCUUAUGACCGGUUUAUAGCAAUCUGCUACCCUCUACGAUACACCCUCAUCAUGAGCUGGCCCUUGUGUGUGGAGUUGAUGGUAGGAUCCCUGGUACUGGGGUUCCUGCUGUCGCUGCCACUGACUAUUUUAAUCUUCCAUCUCCCAUUCUGCAACAACAGCGAAAUCUACCACUUCUACUGUGACAUGCCUGCCGUCGUGCGCCUGGCUUGUGCAGACACACACGUUCACCAAACUAUCAUCAGCUUCAUCGUCCUAAGCAUCCCCCUCUCAGUAACCUCCAUCUCCUACAUCUUCAUCGUGGAAGCUCUUUUACAGAUCCAGUCAGCAGAAGGGCACCACCGAGCCUUCCCCAACCUGCUCUUCUCACAUCUUAGUGGUCCUCCUGCAGUAUGGCUGCACCAGCUUUAUAUACUUGUCCCCCAGUUCCAGCUACUCUCCUGAGAUGGACCCGGUGGUGUCUGUGGUCUACACUUCUCUCACUCCCAUUUUAAACCCCUUGAUCUAUAGUAUGAGGAACAAGGAAUUGAAAGAUGCCCUAAGGAGGGCACUAAGCGCGUUUUAGGUAGGAUGGUUCUACGACUUAUUUAAAUCAGGACACUUCUGAGAAUGAAAUGGGAUGCAGUUAAUAAUUAUGCUGGGAUGAUAUACAUGAGCCAGGACUGUCCUCAACAAACUGAGACAUAGUAUUCUAGAAGAAUAAUGAAUGCACCGGAGGAAAUGAAUACUACUAAUUGAAAUAAAGCUUUAUCACAUAGGGUAACAUGAUGUCCUGGGCAUGGAUGGAGGACCUUCAGCAUUUAUUUAUUGGACCUCUACUGCGUCCUAGGUACUUUAUGUGGGUUAUUUCACUCAGCCUAUAAUAAGUAUAAUUGUCUUCAUUUUUAGAAAAGAAAACUAAAGUAGCUAACAAAAGACAUACCCAGGAUGAGAACACGAGUAUUCGGAAAUCUAAAGACUAAGCUGUCUUCACACAAUGACACUCCCCUUGUUCUAAGCUCGCUCUGCCAGUAAGAAUAUACGUUACCUCGUGCAAGUUUCUCCAUCUCUCUAGGCUUCAGUUUCCUUAUUUCUGAAGUGGCAGAGAUGUGUUCCUUCCAAGGUCAUAACAUUAUGUUCUAAAUAUUGG